AUGUCUUCUAGCGAGAAAAGAGGCUGCAAACGAGCUCGUCUCGGAUCGUCCGACCACGUGAGUGUGGAAAGCAGCAGCGAAGACAGCGAUGCCAGCAUGAAGAGCCAAGCCAACGUUUCAGAUUCUAUGUCGGAGCGUACUAUGGAGCUCUUCGCACAGCUGGCGGCAGACAUUGUUGCGCAACGAGUUGACAUUGCCGCCAGCGAAAAACUAGAGGCGCGGCAGUUGAAGAAGCACAAAAAGCUAAAGGCUGCGAUUCGGGAGAACCAGCACAACACCAACGAACAGCUUCUUGAAGUGAAAGUCGCAUUGCAAGAAGUGAAAGGAUCCAUGUCGAACCAACGUAUCGAGUUCGACCACCAGCUACACCAGAUUCUCCAGCAGCUACAUCAGGUUCUCCAGUUGCUAUACCAGUGCCAGCUAACAGGCUCUCGAUCGUCGUGA